AUGGCAUGGCGGACGGUCGACAGCGUGACCUUCUACCCCUGCCUCGACUUCAUGAUUGGGAAGGCCCUCGUAGCUCACUCAGUCGUGGCGUUCAACACCGCAUUUGCCGGCGUGCUUGGAUCGAUAGGCGUGCCGACGAGAAUUUUUUGGGGUCUCAACGUGCUCGGGGGCUUCGGUGACAAGUCGCCCAGCGGUCCUGGUGGUGAGCAGGCCCGUGCUGCUGCUGCCCGGGCUCGUGAAGCGGUUGAAGCUGUGCCCAUGCCUAAGGAGAGACCCGCCCCGCAAGAAGCCCUCGCGGCGCUUCUGCGUGCAGACGCCCGCUAUGGUGACAGCGAGCGUGCCGGGAACAUUGCACCGUUUGGCUCGGCUUCAGUGUCUCCGCCGAGUCGCGACCUGCACGGGGUGGACAUCUACGACGUUCUGCCCUUGGACGCGUCGCACAAGUUUAAGCGGCUUCGCGACACCAUCCUUCUCAGUGACGAGGAGUGUGCAUUGCGUAUCAAGAGCGAGGGACUGCCCAAUCCUUACUUUGACCCAGUGCUGGAGGCACAUCCUGCGAACCGUCUUCAGUGCGCAUCCGACCAGACCAUCUUUCUGGCCAGCCUUGAUAUUAAGGACUACCUACACGAGCUCAGGAUCGAUGAGGAACUCCCUCAGUACCUUGCUCUACCAGCAGUCCGUGCCGCGGCUGUGGGGGUGGAGAGCAUCAAUGGUAUCAAGGUUGGUCCCAGCGAGCUCUUCUCCCCGGCUCUGCAGUCACUACCGAUGGGCUUUUCGUGGGCAGUGAGGGCGGCCCAACUCGUCCAUGAGGAGCUCCUGCGGCAGGCUGGUCUCCCUCCAGCUCGGCUUCUUCGUGACUGCAUACCUCCUCCCUCGCUUGAGGGGGGACCUGUUCAGCUGACAUGCGUCGACAACUUCGGGGUCCUCGGCUGUGACAAGGCCGAGGUUGAGGCCACGCAUCGUCAGGCUCUCGAAGGCAUUCGGCACGCAGGUUUUCACGUACAUGAGAUCGAGCAGGUCAGCACUUCUUUGGACAUCGUGGGAGUGCACCUCGAUGGGGGCAAGAAGGCUGCAGGAGGGGGGCCAAAGAACCUCUGGCUGAACGUCGGGAGGGAGCUCCUCAUCGCCGCUGCCCUCCUGCCGCUGGUCUACGCCGACAUCGGGGCGGGCUGGCUCGACCAGGUGGUGGCGACGGAUGCUUGCCAUACUGGGCUUGGCUCCUGUGCUGCUGAAUGGGGCUCUCCAGGUAUGCGAAUCACGGGCAGCUUCGACGAGCGCUGGAGGAUCAAGAAGGAGGCGAGGGGCGCCAAGCUCGGGUUCAAGCACGUGGUUCGAGGCGGGCGCAGGCGGCACAGCAAGGCGCUCAUGCUGGUGGACAAUAUGUCACUCACGCUGGCCAUAAAGAAGGGCCGCUGUCGCGAUCCAGCCCUCGUGGGCCAGCUUCGUCAGAUGACAGCGCUGCAGCUCGCCACUGGGCUGCGGGUACGGUGCCGCUGGGUCCCGUCCGAGGUCGAGGACUACCACAGGCGGAUCGAGGAGUUCUACGAGUACUCCCGCCGCCAGGGCUUGGACGUCAGCCCCACCAAGACGGGCGUCUACGACGACAACGUGGCGAUGAACCACGAGAACCUGCAGUUCCUCGGCCUCUUCUUCAAGCUAUACCGCCAGGAGAAGGGGACGAACGACUCGCUGUGGGGCCUGGCGCAGGCGGAGCUCGGGGCCAUGGUCGCGAAGGCGCUGAAGGUGUGCCGGCUCGAAGUCGUGGGCGUCAUCACGGGCAGGAGGUCUCAGGUGAAGGUCCAGCGUCGCGGGCGCUGGGCCAGCAUGAGCUCUCGCAUCAGGCACGAGAAGUCCAGCAAGGUCGACUUCCUGCUCGUGGGGCUAGACGACAGCGUCCAGGAGUACCGCUGGCUCUGCACGGCGCACCUUGGCGACCCUUUCCUCAACAUCUUUGCUGGUUCCAAGGGAGUCGGCAAGACGGUGGCGAGGUGUGGCAUCUCGUCGCCAGAGAUACAGCUCGAGCCUGAGAUCGACAUUUUUGCGCCUGGAAUAAUAAAGGCACUUCUGAAGUUGAUCAGCUCGGGCCGCGUGCAGGGAAUAUUCGUGGCUGCGCCAUGCCGCUCAUUCAGUAUCGCUAGAGUGCUGUUCGUUCUCCUGAGUACCGUUCAUGAUCGGGUCACAUUCAGCUACCGCCGAGGGGGCACUGCGACCUGGGUGCAGACCUUUGCGGAUCCGCGCCAGGUCGAGGGUGGAGCAGGGUGGGCGGAGCUCGGGGCCGAGCUCCCAGCUCCGCACUUCCUCGGGUCCGCUGGGCCGCCCGGGGGAGUCGAAGACAAGCUGCUGGCGACGAGCAAGUACGCCGCCGCCGUGCGGAGGGAGCUGAAGGAGUGCGCCUGCAACAUAAGCACGGUCUUCCUGUCGAGCGACGACCCCGGCGCCGCGGCGGAGAUGCGGACACUGCUCGGGGCGCGCGUCGAGGUGGUCGAGCAGUCGCGGCUGGACCGACCCUCUUCCCCUGCUCCAGUGGCUUUCGAUACCAGAUCCGACUUCUUUGCGAACCACAUCGCGAUGCUGACAACGCACGGAUGAGGACACUUACUCUCACGAGUCCACCUACGACGGCAGAGAGGCUCUCCUCCAGCUGCUGGGAGACGUCGAAGCCCUGCGCCAGUCCGACAUCUUCAUCGGCACCGCCUCGAGCAACAUCGGGCGGCUCGUGUACUUCCAGCGCCCGCCCGAGAAGAAGUCGAUCUCCCUGGACGUGAAGUUCACAUCCAAGCCGGGCUGACGCUCGCUCGCCUCAGACCCGCGGCUCCUCGUGCAGUCGCUUGGACCCCGCGGAGCGGCCUGGA